GUUUAGUGAAUGUGUAUCCAACGUGAGCUGUAUGUUGUUUACCGCGUGUUUUCGUUAUACUGUGUGCUAUAUCGUUGUGACUUUUGUUCCGUUGUUAGUCAGCAGGACCAGGAGAAAAACUACGUAAGCAUUCAUGGACAGCCAUCAAUUCCUGCCGACAGUGUGGUGGAACGUACGUCGAAAACUCUUGGUAUUAGUGCAAGAACGGUAGUAAGUAAGGGAGUAUUACUACAAAACUUGGAAGAUACUGAAGUGAGCCGUAAUGCUUCCGAGCUGUCUGGAUCAAAUAAUACAUUUUUAUCAACCCCGGGAAAGAAGAAAAAGCGGCCUAGUCCUAUCACAGGUUUAGAUUCUUUCCAGGCUGAUGCAGUUCGUAGGCAUGUUUAUGCUUACUACAGCAGAAAAGAGUAUUCGACUGUAGCCAAGUUAUUAAUCUCUUUAAAAGAAAGUGAACUUUUCAGGGGUGGUAAAACGUCACUAAAAAAUUGUGCUAAAAAUAUGGGUUUCUGUUACAAAACGCUAGAUGGACGCAAAGUACUGUUAGAGAGGGCACAUAUUGUUACCGCUCGUAGCAUUUUCUUGCACAAAAUUGUGGGCAGAGACAUUCAUUCCAUAAUUUGGCUAGACGAAACGUGGGUUAAUGCCGGGGAAGCCGUCAGUAAAUGUUGGACGGAUAACACACCCAUCAGUAGCGGCCAUCAACCGACGGGAAGAGGAGCUAGAUUAAUUGUGGUCCAUGCAGGCUCCUCCAGUGGUUUUGUCCCUGAAGCACUUUUAGUUUUUAGAUCAAAAAAGACUGGUGAUUACCAUGAAGAUAUGGAUCACACACGAUUUGUUGAGUGGUUCAGGAACCUUUUAAAACAAUUUCCUGUCCCUACAACAAUGGUAAUGGGCAAUGCUCCAUAUCAUUCGGUGAUACAGAACAAAGCCCCAACUACAAAUGAUUGGAAAGAAGUUAUGGUGCAGUGGUUACAGGCUCGAAAUAUUGUAGCAGAUAUGAGUAUGACAAAGGUUCUGUUAUAUUCUCUUGUUAAAGAAAAUAAGCGUACGACACCUACAUACGUAGUAGACAAAAUUGCCAAGGAGCAGGGUCAUACUGUAAUAAGGCUGCCACCAUAUCACUGCCAUUUCAACCCUAUUGAGUUAGUAUGGAGUGACGUAAAAAUGUAUUUAAGGAACAAGAAGAAGUCCUUUACAAUAACAGAGGUGGAACAGCUGUUGCGUGAAGCUCUUGUGACUGUGGAUGCAGCCUCAUGGAGAAAAAAAGUAGAGCACAUCGAGAAGCUUAUACGAGCAGCACAGACAAUUGAAGGCAUUAUCAGUGGCCAUUAACAAUUAAUGAUUUGUCUUGCAUGACGACGAAGACGACGGUUUUAGCGAUGAAUCGGACAACAGGGACGAUGGCGAGCUGGAUGGAAUUGCGCCAUUAUCGCUGUAAAUUGCACAGUUACGCGCAGUCUGGCAGCACCCUCUGCAGUAUCAAGUCCAUGCAAGUCUUCAUCACAUUAUGGGUCAGCCAGCUCCCAACACCAGUCUGGGCAGCAAUCACUAUGGAAUCCACAUAGGCAGAACUAAAGUCAUUAAUUUUCAACAAAUACAGUUUCUUGGAAAAAAAUAGUAUACUGUUAUGACUCAGUCACAAUUAACAUUCAAAAAUGAUAGACGGAAGGCCUCUGUUCAACAGCUCAAAGUCUCUUGUUUGGUUGAGGUUUCCAGAAUUUAAUAUUUACAAAGUCCUACUGUUGCACAUGAAAGCCAAGUUCCACUAGAGUGUACUUUCAAUACGUGCACAAUGAUAUAACUCCUUGAAGAAAAGAAUACAGUCAGUGUUCUACCAAAGUUUCUGACAAUGGAGACUCAGCCAUCAGUGGAGCUGCAGAGGCCUUGUGGUGUCUGUCGAGGAGAUAGCUGGUUGGCAGCGGGCAGCAGCAUCGUAAUGGAGAGGAUGUCCGUCUGUACCUAUAGUGCAUGGUAGUGCACAGGCCUAUAAAUUGUUGUGUUGCAGGAUAUCACAGGAACUAUUUUAGGUCAUGUGUGUCAUGGAUGCAAAUAGUUCCCCACCCAGUCAGUGACUCUUGGUGGCACUGCUUGGACUGCCUAGUGAAACUGCUACAAUUCUGUUUUCUGGUGCAGAGUGGUUGCAUGGCAUGUAGGCAACCCAUCACAUUGUGCCAGAUUGGUUGCUGGUUGUACAGACCGAAUACAGCAACAAGUCAAUCUCCACCAGACCAGUUCUCUUGGUGCUAAAUGCACACCUAUGGGCACAAUGAUUCAUCCCCAGGCUCCCCUGUAGGUGCUGAACUCCUGUCCUGGAGGGCGGUGGUUCACAACGAGGGCAGUAAUACUGUCAUCCAGCAGCACCAGUGCGUGCUUCUAACAUGGUAGUGGUGGAUGCCUAUGAGAAUUCAGUGGAUGUUUGUGUAUUGGCACUGCUCAUUCAGGGUGACACAGUGCCAAGUUAGGCUUGCCUUGCUGGUUGGGAUGAACAGUGUUAGCAAACAUUAAGCAGCCAUCUUACCUCCACAACCUUCCAACAUCAACGGCAUUGCCAGCAGACCACACACUUGCGUAGGACAUAUCUGGUGGUGUAGCAGCACUUGAACAUUGUAACUUAGGACUAAAUAAAAUACGUUAUAUCUUGCAGCUGUGUUUUCUACCCCAGUCUGGCAUCACCAUUUCCACAACCAACCACUCCAGUACCUCUACACCAGCUGGACACAGUCACUGCAUGUUUAUAUAGAGUAGUGUCCGAAGCAUUUUGGUAUCAGCAUGGCUUCACAAACACAGCACAAAAUUUUGUGUAACUGUGGGGUGAUUAAGCAGACUAUUGGUUUUUGUGGUUGGUAUGUGUUGAUGGCAUAGAGUCAAUGUGAGUGAGUCACAGAGACUUGACAGUCAGGUUUGUGCAGCGAGGGAAACUGGUUGAUCUUUCACAACUUUGUGUUAAUACAAAGGAACAUUAUUCAUGACCUGUGAGAAGGCACUGUAAUUCAUCAGGGCAUUCUGAUCUAGUACAGAGUCAGUAUCAGUAGUUUGUGAACUGUCAUCAGUAUGGGCGUAUGGCUGGUCAGUGCAGUGUGAAUGUGGAUAAUGAUAAAACAAGAUUUAAGUGUGUGUUGUGUCAUACGGCCUGUUUUGAGUGCAUUUUGUGUUCUUUGGUGUGUAUCGGAGAUUAAGGAUCUGCAAUGACAGAGUCUCAAAUGCAUGUGUUCCUUGGAGUAUAUUGGAGAUUAAGGAUUUGUAAUGACAGAGACUCAAAUGCAGGAAGCCACUAGUUGGGAGGCAGUUCAAGCAUUGGUUACUGAAAUGGUGCAGUUGAGAGCAGUUAAUACAGUUUUGCAUAAUAGCUUGCAGCUACAGAUUAAGAGUUGGAAUCAGCUGAGUAACCUACUCCUUUAUUACAUCCAGCCCCAGUCAUUGUGAUCGUGCACUUUUCUGGAAAGUCAACUGAUGAUGUAAUGUGGUUUUUAAUGACCUGCAACUAGUAGCUAGUAUGGGGUGGGUGGGUGGGGGUUGUUACAGGUGAAAGAUUUAUGGUUGGUAGAUAAGCAAAGGCAUAUGUCAGAUGUACAGGAGGGACUAAGAGGUGUCAGAUAUUUGAUGAAUGAAAAAGGCCUGCUACAAAAGCACAAGAACGAAAAUAGUGCAAGAUUUUUUUUUUUUUUUGGGCAGGCAGUUGGGUAGUCUGUCAAUGAAGCAUAAUGUGCUGACAUAUGAGCAGGGAGGGUGGCGAGACAAAUAGCGUCAUACUCCAUGAAAUGGAAUAAAGGGCACUGGGCAUAUUUUAAGGGAGUCUGUUGCAUGGUAGGUCUAGAUGGGUGAGAACAGGUACUCUGUGGUCAGAUUAACCAGGGAAUUUCAAGAAAUUAAUGUAAUAACUGGAAUGCAGAAUAAGAGAGAGUUCUCCACUAAUGUGAGGUGCUGUAAAUAUGGUGGGGCUGAACAUGUGCACAGACAAUUUUGCCAACCUCUUUGUGAUAGAUGUGGUGUGGUUGGACACCAUGACUGCAGAAAUGGUAAGGGGAAACAGGGAUGAAUAAGCAGGCGUUAAAUGCAAAAGGGAGCCACGGGUCCACCAUACAGGGUUCCUGAUACGUUUCAAUGCAACUAACAUGAUGCUUGCAGAGGCAGAAUGUAGUUUAGUCAGAAUAGUGAAGGGUAGAAAGCACAGGUUAUUACUGGGCGCAUGGGUGCAUGUGUCGGCAAUAAGUAUAGAACUCAUGGAUCAGAGACGAUUAAACACUCCACGCUAUAACUUACAUGGAGUUGGAGAUAGUGAUGUGGAGUCUUUGGGUUCAGUACUCAGUUCUAACUCAACACCUGCGGAAUUACAAUGAUAUGACGGAGGAGCCAUCACCAGGCUCCAUGGUAGCAGCCAAAUUCCUACCUUGGAGGGCAGUGAUCUGCAGCUAGGGCAGUACUGCCACCAUCCAUCUGCACCAGGGCAAGCUUCGAACAUGUUCUUAUCACUGGCAUUGCUUGCUCAGGGCAACAUGGUGAUAAUUGAGUUAUGCACUGCUGAAAGUAGUAAACAGUGUUGGAAAAGCUGGAUGUUGACAUCAAGUAGCUGUCCUGCCACUGUGACUUUCCAAUAUCAAAUGCAUUGCCAGCAUACCACAGACCUGUAGAGGGCAAAUACAAGGGCAUUGCGGCACAUCAGUAUUGUAGCUCAAUACUAAAUAAAAUAUGUUACAUCUUGCAGUGGAGUUGUCCUAGCCAUUCCAGGCCAACACCACUGCCUCCAUAAUCUGCCAGUCCAUCACCUCUACACCAUAGCAGCCUUAUUCAUUCCAUUCCAUGUUGCUAUAAUAGGGAAGGAUGGACUAUGAGAAGCUGAGAAGUUUUUGUGCAAUGUCUUUCAUAAAAUAAUGGUUCUUUAGAUAAUAGAUAGACAGUAUAGAUCAUAGGAUGAGUUGUACAGGAACUGAUUGUGUCAAUAAGAAAAUGAUGACUAGAGUUCUAAGGAUAUCUGUUGUGGAUGAAUGCAACCCUACUAAGGAAGCAGAUGUUUAAAUGUACUGGUCAACAAGCCUAAUACCUUUGAAAAAUGGUGCUAGGGAGGAAGAAAGGACCUUGGGACCUUUGGACUGAAGGAGGAAGACAUUGCUAACAAAGUACUAAUCACUGAACAACUACUUCAAUGGCUUCCACAAUAAGCAAAAGCAGAACGGUGUCUGGAAACAGGGAAGAAAGCUGACAGUUAGAGAAAGAAUGUAAUGCUUUUAGACUGUAAAAUACGCUUCCAGAAAUAUCUUAUAGUUACUUGCUAUGGCCUCUAAUGUCCUAAACGAGGUGAAAAUAAGAAUAUAUCUGAAUCCUUCCAGUGUCUCCAGGUUUCUUCCUCAUAUACAGUUUUAUUUCGUGAUUCUUAAAGUAAGUGUUUCGCUAGGCUCAUGGUCCAUAGGUAACUGCAGACUCUGUGAGUGAUGUGGAUCAAGUAAAUUUUACAGUGCAUAUCAUAAGCAGAAAAUGUCAACAUGCUGACCAUUUACGCAAUUUCUUAGGGUUUUUAUUAGUAUCUCGUGUUAGUUAAUCAAGUGGAUAUAUCUCAGUAAGAAGUCUUUAGUUUAAUUGCAUCCUAUCAGUAUUAACCAAGGCUUUAGAAUGUAUAGUUCAUGAAUGGCAUUACUAAUUACUUAACAUCAAAUAAUCUUUUAGAUGAAUACCAGUCCAGUUUCCAGCAAAAUUGCUGCACAACAACUGCACUUACAAAACUGACAGAUGAACUGAAAUAAGCUAUGGACAAAUAAUGGGCAACUAUUAUCAAACAGUGGAAACUCCAGGCAGGAAUAUCAACAAUGUAUGAAAAGACAGAUUGCUACUCACCAUAAAGAAGACAUGUCAAGUUGUAGACAGACACAAUUAAAAGACACACAUAUAGCUUUCAGCCACAGCCUCUGUCAGUAAAACACACACACACAAACAA